CCCACUGGGAAGCAGUGUGGAGUCCGUUCUCUGCCCUCAGAGGGCUGCGCUCUGGUGCAGCGAGACAGCAGGGAGCGCGGAAGCUGCCCGAAGCCCAAGCAGGAAGAGCAGUAGUUGGGUCAGCAGCUCCGAGAGCCUCCAUGGCUGGGUUCCUCCUUGUCGCCGUCGUCAGGUGAGGAGAGACGCAGGCUCGCCCAGCUUGCGCCGACCUGGGGCCAGAUACUCCAGGCCAGGGCCACACAGCCUCAGUUCUGCUGGGGCUGCAGGAGAAGGUGUAACGGACACUGUCGUGUCACUGCGGCCCCCAUGAACUACUCCACAGGAAUUAGAGUCAGUCUUUAAAUCUUCACGGCAAACCCAUUUGAUAGAUGAGGACAUGUAAGGUCGCCGCCCAGGAAGCACCAAAGCAGGCGUUUGAAGCCAAGUCCUCUGACACCAAGGCCAACGUGGAGGUGCUAGUCAGUCUGUUUGUGAGGCUUUGGGUGGGUCGUUUCCCUUCUUUGGGCCCAUGUGGCUAUGAGGGUUUCAGAUGAGACUUCUGAGGGCCCUACCAGCUCUCACCCUGGCUGGUGCCACCUUGGUGACUAAGUGAUAACAUCUUUUGCACUUGGCCCCUGUGAGGUUCUCACCACGGUUCCCGUGAUGCAGUCUGGGUCAGGGCUGCCAAACCAGAGCAGGACUCUGUUCUCCACAGACUCCUGGACACUGGGGUGUGGUAGGCUGUGCCGAUCGUUCAUGGUACUCCCAAAGAGGGCCUUAGGGAACCCUGACAGCGAACUUCCGGAUGUGAUCCUUACCCAAGAGACAGAUGCAGGGACUGAAGGUAACACCAUGUGGAGGCAGGCCAGACACACUGCAGGGCUGUGCCUGUGGAGUCGGUCAGCAUCCCCCUUGUCACCCACCCCCUUGUCACCAAGAGCAUAUGGUUUCCCAGCUUACUUUUGCGGAGUUAUGUGCAUUCUCUCAUGUAAACCUCAGCCCCGCCUUUUGCAAGUGGGAAAACUAAAGCUUGGAGAGAGUUGAGGUACUUGCCCCAGAACUCCGUAGCUAAUCAGGGGUGCCUGUAACACCCUCCGGGGGGCCGCUGUCCCAGAUCCUGCUGACCAUUCAGCUUCCACAGGCUAGCCUGGGGGCAUUCACCUUGACGGCUGUCAGACGGAAACACCUGCCAGCAGGACGGCAUGAAGCAGUCCCCUUCGGCAGGGUAGUCCCUGCAGAGCCCACCGCCAUCCAGGUGACAGCUCAGGUGCAAGGGGAUGGGACGUGUCAGGGAGCAGUGGGGUUUACCUUGGCUUCUCAGCACCAUGCCCCGGGGGAGCAGUAACUCCCUAGUUUGUAGGCAUAAUGACUCUGUGGACAUCACUUCCAGAUCCCUGCAAAGGAUGUGCCCCAUUGACCCUCUGCACUAAGGAAGCCCAGAGCUGUGUCUUUUACGCAGAUGUCUCUUGUCCAGAUAAUUUACAGUUCGGGUUCAUUCUUACCCUAAGCAACAUUGCCUUAAAACAGUUGACAUUCCACUUUUAUCUGGUUUCCAAGGGAACAGAACUAGAAAGGUAACCAAAUGUCAGGUUCUGUAGGAGGGGAGAGGAUUUGUUACCCCUUCACUCUUACUGCCCUAACCCCUGGGGACAGAACUGAGUGUCUUUUCAGGAGGAAAAAAAAAACUUUUGAAAUUAUUUCCCAAAGCCAAGCCUUCUAAUAGUGACCCACAGUCAUCCAGAGAAGCUGAAGGGGCCUCAGCAGGCCCAUGCACACCAGCCGAGGUGCAGGGGAGACCACUCCAUGAACCCCAACAGUUCAGCCCCCCACAAAAUGGGAAGGCAUCUAGGACUGAGGGCCAGAGGCCCCCUGGCACCAGCUUCACAUGGCCCCCCCCCCCAAUACUGUGACAAGGAGAGGACAUUGACUCCAGCACUGAGGAGCAUCAGGAAGCCCGUGUGCUUGAGGUGACAGAAGAGUCCAGGCUCUACCUAGGCACCACCUGUGCCCUCCCUGCUGCCGGCCAUGUAGUCCCUGUCACCUCUGCCUUGUCACGCUGGAGCCUCCACAGCCCCCUUGUGAAAUAACCUGAGAUCUCUGUGGGCCGUGGCUCUGGUGGUCCACGUGGACACGGUGUCUGCCCUCACACGGAGGCCACGAUCCCUCCUCAGGAAGAGCUGGAAGGUGGCUCCCCCCUCCUCCCUGCAACCAAAGCUAAAAACUUGGGAGAACCUUCUUGCCUUGGAGAGCCCAGACACCCCUCCCCUCAUCAUCCCUCCGCUUUUUGCACCUCCUUACCCUAAUUCCCCAAGUCGCCCCAUUCAUCCGGGAAGCUCUACAGCUGGAAACCUCCAGUCCAGGGGCCAUGACAGCCAAGCGUCACGACUACAUUUAUGUCCGGACUGCGACACCAAAGCCGCCGCGGGUGCUUCCAGGAGCCCACAGCUGACGAGUCCCAGUGUAAAGGCACGGGACCCGAGACAACUGUGGGUGGCUGGGGCUGGACCCUGUCAGGAAUCAACAGGCAGAUGGCCAUACACCAGGCGAGGGCUCAAGACGGGAGCGCCCUGGGGCCCAGAUGGCAAAGGCUGCGUGCACAGCACUUCUCCCCUGAGUUCCCGAGUCUGCUGUCCUGACGUCUCCCACACGACGGCUGAGCUCAGUCCCCACCUCUGCCCCUGCACUCUGCGCCUCGCCUGGCCUCCCGGACACCCAUCCUUGACGUGCUUCCCGGGAUCGUGGCCACGUGGGGCCACCAAGUGGCCACUCUCCAGAUAACACGAGAAGAGCCAUAUCCGUAGCCUCCCUCUCCCCCUUCAUCUUUGGGUCCACCUCACAUCCUUACCUUUGAAUUCAAGAGUUGUUUGCCUCUGGCUCAAAGUGGAGUCUGUCAGGAAGGUCACGGACAUCCACUGAGGGGCUACUUAACCCCGUAACACGGAGCCUGUGUCCGCCACUGCCCGGCGGCCUCUUGGAAAGCGCGAUGCCCUGAAUAACCCAGUUACACUGCCAUACGUGUCAGUAUCUGAAAUAGGAUCGUGGAAGUGUACUUCGUGCUCACAGUGACCGUUUUCACCCCUCCCCGCGGAAGGAAGCAGGACGGCUGUGCUUUUCACACGCGGAGGACUUCCAGAAGCUGCGUGGUGGGAACAGCUACCUGCAACUGCAUAAUGAAAGCAUUUCUCAAAGCCCCCCUCCCCGCCCAAGAACAGAUUGCUGCGUUAAUAAAGGCAUCAUGGGUAUCACCCAUGUCCUGGUCCCUGUCGAGCAGCAGGUGACAGCCCUGUCCUUGAAAAGGGAUGGCAGGUCUUGACUGAGUGCUCAGGGCUCUUCUGGCCGGCAACCUCCGGCCCUGGCGCCGUGCGCUCUGAUUCAUGCUGGGAGCGGCCGGGCUGGCGGCGCUCAGCCGAGCCUGGGGCCGGGGACGGAACGGGAAGGUGGGGACUGAAGAGGACCGGCGUGGGCACCGGGGCCAGGAGAGGCAUUACAGGAGGAGGAAGUAUGUCCUUGGCCCCGGGCCCCAGGGACUCCGGGAGCGGCCCAGAGGGAGCCACACAGCCAAACUGUAGCGUGUGAUGUACGAAGUGUCCCUACCUUGGGGAUGGGAAUGGGGGAGUUUCCCCAGCCCAGGCGUGAGGCUGGCCGAGACAUUGGCAUUAUCAACUCCCGUGAGAUCACAGAGGGGGUUGCGCAGGCCCCGCCCGCCUCCCCCGCAGCUCUGGUUCUGGCUGCCCCUCGCCAGGCCCCCAGGUGCCCCCGGGGAGCUGCUGGCCAGGGGUCAGGGGUCUGUGGGAGCUGAGGGCUGGCACCUCCCACGCUCCCCCGGGAACCAUCAGGACAUGAGGGUCAGAGGCCUCCCUCUUCCUCCUGUUCCUGUUUGUCCCGAAUGCCCCCACCCCGGCCGUGCUGGGCCCCAGGCCCUGACCUUCUCAAGGAGCCAAUCUGAAAAGAUGCAGGCUGGUGGCAGCCGCCCCACAGAGCGGAGGCCAGGUGUGCGAGGGUGAGUGGGGGGGCCGCUGGGUGCCAAAGGUGCACAGCUCAGGAGUGAGGCCCCCGGCCUGGCGGGAGGGGGCGUACUUAGGAGCCCCGGCUCUGCCCCUCCUCUCUUCUGCUUCCUGGACUCCGUCUAGACCAGGCCACGAGCCCCCUCAAAUUAGCUGUGCAUGUGUGGAGGCCAUCUGUGGGAGGGGCCGAAGCUUUCAUGGGUCAGGGAGCCCCUGCCCUAAAUCCCUCAGGCGCAGCCCUGACUGGUUCACAGCCUCGGCGAGGCUCACCCCAGCGUCGUCGGAGCAGGCGGGGAGGAGCCCUGGGUGACGGCUUCCUCUCCAAAGGCCCCUUGAAAAGGUUCCCCUGGGGCCGGGAGGGAGUAGUCAUCUCUGAUGGGCAGGAAAUCCGCAGCUUUUCCUCCCGCCUGUGGCCUGGUGGGGGGAGGACAGGAGGCCUGCGGCCCAGAAGGGGAUGCGGCGCGGCCCUGAGAGCGGAGUCUGAGGGGCCCCUCUACACCCCCUCGGUCUUCCCUGCAGUGGAAUGGAGGGGCAGGCCCGCACGCCCUGUUGUCUGCCUCACCGCUGACUCCCCUUUCCUGUCCUAGGCCUUGGGUGGGUGGCAGGCCCCUUUCGGCGGGCCCUCUACCGUCCCUCCCUCUCUCUGGCCCUGCCCAGCCCCUGCCCAUGUGUGAACCUCCCAGGAGCCUCGGCAGCCCGAGACCCAGGUCGGCCCCAGGAGGAACAUCCCAGAAGCCCUUCUGAGGGAGACCUCUCCAGAGACCCCCACCCCAGGAAGAGAUCACGGCAAACCCAGGUGCAGGAGCCCCUCAUGGAGCCCCCAGACAAGCAGCCCCCACAAGAGCCCCCCGGGGACGAGUCCCCGCCUGAGGACUCGGGCCUCCAGACAGCACCCAGCACGCACAUUCUCUAUGUGGGCCACCUGAACCCCCAGUUCUCGGUGCCUGUGCUCACCUGCCUGCUCCGGGACGCCCUGGAGCGGCUGGAGCUGCCGGUGGCCCGCGAGCACAUCGAGGUGGUGAGGCGCCCACGGAAGGCCUGUGCGCUGGUGCAGGUGGCCGCCCACGAGGCCACGCUGGCCUCCCUCCCCUGGCGCCUGCAGACAGCCCUGGAGGAGCACCAGAUCCCCGAGGAGCUGGCGGCCCGUGGCAAGGAGCUGGUGCUGGCCAAGGGCCCGGGGCCCUGGAGCCGCAAGGCGGAGAAGGACAGCCGCCCGAGCCCCCGCCCCAACCCCAGACCCACCCACAGCACCCCAGGGCGGGCCCUGCAGAGGUCCCGGGGCCAGCCGGGUGGCACGCGCUCCGACAGCGCCAUCGUGCACCAGGAGAUAACGGGCCAGGAGCGCCUCUUCCAGGGCGCCUUCCUGGGCAACGAGACGCGCAGCGUGGAGUUCAAGCGCGGCGGCGGCGAGUACCUGAGCCUGGCCUUCAAGCACCACCUGCGGCGCUACGUGUGCGCCUUCCUCAACAGCGAGGGCGGCAGCCUGUUCGUGGGCGUCGAGGACAGCGGCCUGGUGCAGGGCGUGCGCUGCAGCCACCACGACGAGGACCGCGUGCGCCUGCUCGUGGACUCCAUCCUGCAGGGCUUCCAGCCCCAGGUCUUCCCCGACGCCUACACGCUCUCCUUCAUCCCGGUGGUCAGCACCUCCGCCUCCGACGCGCCGCUCAAGGUGAUCCGCCUGAGCGUGCACGCCCCCAGGGCCCAGGCCGAGCCGCAGCUCUACGAGACCGACCAGGGGGAGGUGUUCCUGCGGCGGGACGGGAGCAUCCAGGGCCCGCUGUCCGGCCACGCCAUCCAGGAGUGGUGCAGGCAGAGUGUCUCUCUCCAGGACGGACAACACAUUUCUCUCCUCUUCGGCAUCUUCCAUGUCGCCCUGCCCAACCGCCUCGCGCAGCAGCUCAGUCAGGAAUUCACUGAUCUUCCUUCCUCUCCCUUACUGAAUUUAUGGUCUAGCCAUAAGCAAAACCACUAAAGACUAAAAGGAAAAGAACCCAGUUCCUGGUACAGCCCGGCUCCCUGUGUGUGACAGGCCCGGUAUCCUUCCCUCCUAGGCCUUACCAGGGCCAGGUCCCAGCUGAAGGUAAGUUCGUCACCAGGUCACCCACCCACCUGGGGACCCGAGUGGGCGACGGAUUGUGGCCGGGAGAGGGUUCAGGGUGCCCAAAGGGCCAGCUCUAGGGCGGCGGGUGGCUAGGACAGCACCUGCCAGGGGCUCAGGAGCCAGAACUAAAGGGCAUGCAGCCUGGACUGGCCACCACGCCCUCCGGUAAGUGGGAGGCGGCCUCUCGGAAACGUCUACAAGGAGCCCAAUCCCAACAGUAAGCUGGCCGCGGGAGAGCCACUCGUCCCUUGUGGAGCCAGACUGCUUUCACGUUCCUCAGGAUGCUUGGUUUCUUUUUCUUACAACGUCUAAGGUCUUUCUGAAAACCUCGUGUUUGUCAGCUGGGCUACAGAGACGAGAGGGGCUGUGUGGGCUCUUCCGUCGGUGGCCCCAGUGAGCCUCGCCCCCGCAGUCGCACUGUGUGGUCCCCUCUCCCACCAGCUGCGCUGGGCCUUGGGACACGAGCAAGCUUGGUAAGUGCCUGCACACCGGGCCUGUCAUUUUGGAAGCCAGUAGGUCGCCUCGCUGUGACAUGCCUCGGCUGAAUGAGUGAAUGAUGAGUCUUGCUCCGUGGAGAGAACCAUCUGGAGGUCCCUGCUGGGCAGAACUGAAUGCACGGCAGGAUGAUCUGAUGCACCACAGGGAGCAGAACCCCAGCCAGCCAAGUCCACUCACCCCACGGCACUCUGAGACAUGAUGAAACGCUGAUGGAAGCCACAGGGCCUUCGGGUGGCCUGGAGAGUUGGCGAGGCACAGAGAAUUUCCUAUCUGCCAGGCACCGUGCUGGGACUAUUUACAUGCAUUAUUUCAUUCGGUUCUUACGACCACGAGAAGGAGGUACCGCUAUCACCCCAUUUUACAGAAGACACAGAAGCCAGAAAGGCUAAGUAACUUAUCUAAAAUCACCCCCCAUAAGGGAGGGUCAGAAGCUGGGCCCAGGUCUGACCAGCUCCGGGGCCCAAGUUCAUAGAACUGCACAGCCUCACGCAGGCCAGAGUUUCCUCGCUCAGCCAGCUCAGGGAUGGUGGCCAUGGUGAUGGGCGGGCGGGCAGCUCCGGAGCUGGAAAUGCAGGGGCAGAGAGCCAGGCUGCGUGCUCGGCUGUGACCCCUCCUUCCUGAGGUCUGCGCAGAGGAGUGGAACUUUCCCUCUGUACACACGGCACUUCCCCUCUGCCGUGCCCCACAAGGUACCUCAAAGCCAGGCCUGGCCUUCUCCAGGGCCCCCGGUCACCCAGUGGGCGCCAGGCUUCACUCCCUCCAGGAAACACUUCAGCAAGGAUUUAACAAGGUUUUUAAUGAACACUUACCUUGCCAUCCCAGCACAUUUCUUGAAAAUUCAACCACUGCCAACUGCAUCCCUAAGCACACACC